GAGCCAGAACUGAAGAAGAUAAAAAGGAGAAACAGAACCCCCGGACACGUGGCAGGCUCACUCGCCGUAAAAUUCCACCGCCGGCGACUAGGCCAAGUGAGAAAGGAAUCUUUCUGGUGCAUAGCAUAAUUCAUAAUUGUGUAUAAAUUUUUGGAGGUGUGGUGUCAACUAUACUCUUCUUCUUCUUAAUUUCAAAAGACUGCAAGAGAAAUGGUGUCAUUGCAAGAGUUUCAAACAAUCCAUCAUUCGUGCUUUCCCCGCGCAUCCCCUCAGCUAGGAGGAUUGUUUAGAAAUGUCCAAAAUCGUAGGCACGCUUCCUUCCUUGUCAGAUCAGAGCAAGUGCCUGUGGCUUUAACUUCCUCUUCCCCAGAUCAACCACAAAGGCGUCAACUACUUGCCUUGGGAGCAAUUAUUUGCCCCUUGUUGAUUUCUAUGCAGACUAAGACAUCGUUUGCUGCAGAAACUAAGAAGGGAUUUCUACCAGUCACUGACAAGAAGGAUGGAUACUCUUUCGUCUAUCCCUUUGGGUGGCAGGAAGUAGUUGUUGAAGGUCAGGACAAGGUUUUCAAAGACGUUAUUGAACCACUAGAAAGUGUGAGUGUAAAUGUGUUCCCGACUACCAAACAAGACAUUCGAGACUUUGGUUCUGCACAAGAAGUUGCUGAAACUUUAAUAACAAAGGUUUUGGCUUCACCUUCUCAGAAAACAAAACUCAUUGGGGUGAAAGAGCGUGAUGAAGAGGGGAAAGCCUACUAUACGUUUGAGUUUGUUGCGCAAGCACCAAAUUUCACUCGCCAUGCUCUCAGCACAGUCUGCAUAGGCAAUGGUAAGUUCUAUACAUUGACAACCGGGGCGAAUGAGAGGAGAUGGGAGAAGAUGAAAGAGAGACUGAAUACUGUGGUGGACUCCUUCCAAAUUUUCAAUGUGUAAUGUGCACCCACCCACAUCUUCAUUGUUUGUAUCCCAAAUUUCAUAAGGUAUUAUUGUCUGAGAUGAUGAGAUUAGAGGCUUCAAUUUGUAAUCAAUUUAGAUAUGAGCUUACAGAGGGUUCUGUAUCUGUUUAGAGUAAAACUCAGAUCUCACAUUUGGAAGGUUUAUACAUAUUGGCCAUGUUUGAUAACAUAGUUAGCUUAUCAGCUAAUUUUAACUUGUUUGAUCAUUAUUAGCUA